GUUCAUGAGAAGGAAUAGGAGGGCCUAUAGAGUGGGGUUUCGCUGCUUGGUGUUUCACUUGACGAUGCUGUUGGUGGGGUCUUUGACCUGUCCUGUAUCCUUGCCGGUCCUCAGUGCGGGGUGACGACUGCUUGCAGCUCCUUGGACAACAGCGGUACAAGUACAGAGUACCAAGUUUAUGUAUUAUGUAUGGAAGGGCUUGAUUUUUCUGAGAAGCAAACCCGACACCUCUCUUACCUCCUACAGAACCCAGAACCUUGUGGUUGACGAGAGCUGAGGAUCUGGUCGCUUUCUUCAACUCCCUACUGGCUCUGAUACCGGAUUCUCGUUCAUACAAUAGCCCCAGCCAGCAAUGGCCAACACAGCUCCAGUCAGUGUUCACCCGCUCCCGGACGGUAGCCAUCAAGCGGGUGGCGGUGUGUCUGGAAAGGCCCACACCGUCUCGGCCUUCAACGGACCUGUUCUCUCGCACCUACAGAAGAUAUACACGGCUCAUGCCGGGAGUAGCCAGACCUGGGACCCUGCGAAGACCGCCGCUUUUGUGGAGGGCGUACAGCGGCAUACCAAGGCGGAGGUCGCCGCACAGCUGGUACCGGGGAAGGAAUGGAAUCUGAAUUCUUACCUCCAGUAUAUGGCUUCACCUGCCGCCAGUGUCGUUGCGCCGCCCCAAGAGCAGGAUCUCACCUGGCCGCUCUCCAGCUACUUUAUCAGCUCGAGUCACAAUACCUACUUGACAGGUAACCAGCUGUCGAGUGAUUCGAGUGCUGAUGCCUACAAGAACGUCCUCCUGCGUGGCUGCAGGUGCAUCGAGAUCGACGUUUGGGAUGGCGAUGAUUCGGAUUCGGAGAGUGACACAAGCAGUAGCAGCGAGGACGAGGGGAAGGCCACCAAGAAGAAGCGCUCUCUAACCAGCCGCAUGGAGAAGACAUCCUUGGCUGCGGAAGCCCCCCUUGAGAAGCAGAAGAGCGGCGGGUCGAACUCGCUAAAGAAGACCACCAGCACCAAGGAGCCUCGCGUCCUGCAUGGGUACACCCUGACCAAGGAAGUAUCGUUCCGGGUAGUCUGCGAAGCUAUCAGGGACUACGCUUUCAUCGUUACCGAUACCCCGUUGAUUGUGAGCCUGGAAACACACUGCAGCCCAGAGCAGCAGGAGAUCAUGGUCGCUAUCAUGAUGGAGACAUGGCGGGGGAUGUUAUUGCCUGAGCCGACUGACGAUGUCAAGCAACUGCCUUCUCCAGCCGAUUUGCGCCACAAGAUCCUCGUAAAGGUGAAGUAUGCCCCGCCUGAAGGCGGGAGCCCACAAGCGACUGAGGGCGAUGAAGUGGCGCUCCCGGCGGGUGCUGCGGCGGCCAAGAAGAACCAGAAACCAGCCAAGAUCAUCCAGGCUCUGAGCAAGCUGGGAAUUUACACGCGCGGCGUCUCGUUCAAGAGCUUGACUCAACCAGAAGCGACAAUGCCCUCACACAUCUUUUCUCUGUCCGAGAACGCCGUCAUGGAGGUGCAUGAGAAGAGCGCCCGCGAGCUCUUUGACCACAACCGCCACUACCUCAUGCGCGCAUAUCCCUCAGGGCUGCGGAUCCGAUCGUCCAACCUGGACCCAGCCGUCUUCUGGCGCAAGGGCAUCCAAAUCGUUGCGCUGAACUGGCAGAACUGGGACGAAGGGAUGAUGCUGAACGAGGCCAUGUUUGCCGGGACCGGCGGAUAUGUUCUGAAGCCCGAAGGGUACCGCUGCGAGAAACCUAUGCCAGCCACCACAACCCUCACGCCCAACCCUCAGGCAACCGCCGUCCGGCACUACGUGAUGGACUUGACGAUCCAGGUCCUCGCUGCGCAGUCCCUUCCCUUGCCCCUGGGUGACGAAAAACCAUCCUCAUUCCGUCCCUACCUCAAGGUGGAAAUCCACGUUGAAGAGCCCGGCGAGCGGCACGGUACUGACUCGGUCCCCGCCGAGGGCAUGGAGAAGGAGGGAGAAUACAAGGCCAAGACCAAGUCCUCCAAGGGGUGCGACCCGGAUUUCAAGGGACAGGAGCUGCGGUUUGAGAGGAUCCCCGGGGUGGUGCCCGAGUUGUCGUUUGUGAGGUUCUUGGUCAAGGACGACGAAAUCGGCAAGGACUCCCUGGCGGGCUGGGCAUGCGUGAGGGUUGACCGGCUGAGGGAAGGGUACAGGUUUGUGCAUCUGGUCGAUGCUGAGGGGGUUGAGACGGAGGGGGUGGUACUGGUGAAAGUAGCCAUGAAGCUGGCUUGAUUUGCCUUUUCGGAGGUUCCUAGGGGCAUCAGCUGCAUAGCGAGGAUCGAUUGGUAAGGAGCAUGCCAGAAGGGGUGCUUAAACAUUAAUCAGAGAGGGGUCAGUCUUUUUCGCGGAGCAUAUCAGCAAAUCUCCUGUUUAUUCAACGGCGCAAUUCCCGGUUGUGAUGAAAUUGAGGGAGUGCUUGAAGAGUCAAGACUCAGGCUGUCUGCACACUAACCUUACAGUGCUGACUGCUGAGGUAUGGUACUACGUGCUCGAGGUGCCGUACUCGUCAGGGCUUCAUAAUCGCGGACCUGCCCCACCCCUUCGGAGAGGGUCAGGGACUCUGAUUGGGAACGGAUCAUUGAUUGGGGAAAAUUGACGCCACUACGGUAUAUGCCCUGCCAUACAAAUUUGUUAGCAACCCAAUGUCAUACCGUCUUCUUACAUCUAUACUACUUACAUAUAUACACAUUAUUAAACUACACU